AUGGAAGACCCUUAUCCGUCUGGCACAGUCGCGCUGCAUCACAACCUCAACCACCAGCUUUCAAGUCGUCCUGGCCCUAUGUUCAGUUCUGGAGACGGGGUCUUCCAACUUGCGCUCUCUGGCAAGUACCCUCCUAUUACGAGCACCAGAUACGCUGAAAAACCUUCAUAUUACAGCUUUAUUACCUCUGGUUCUCCACAACACCAUAAUGAAUCCUCUGCACAACAAACUUCAUCUCCAGGACGCUACGAAACCGGCUUCAUGGAAGCCCCUAAUCCCCCUGCCACAGUCGAGAUCCUCCAGCCAUCGCUCAGCAGUCGUCCUGGCCCUGUGAGUGGGGUCAGAGAAGGGGUCUUCCACCACGCUGUUCUCGGCAAGUACGACAGUGUUUUUAGUUCUUCAGAUUCUCAUCCGUCCACUGGUUCUAGCGAUGCAACCAAUGUAUGGUUGCCACCACAACCCGUUGCUGCCCCUGUCGAUUGUGUUUGGCUGUACUACCAAAAUGUCCGAGGUGUUAGGACUAAAAUCGACGAUUUGCUGUUGGCGGUUACGGACUGUAACUACGACGUCAUCAUAUUAACAGAGACUGGAUUAAACGAUUGUAUCGAUUCUCUGCAAAUAUUUGGAUCGACAUUUAACGUUUUUCGUUGUGACCGUAGUUGUAUAAACAGCAAUAAAACGAGCUUCGGUGGCGUAUUAAUAGCGGUUCACCAUCGCUAUUCUUGUACGCAAAUCCACACGCCUCACGGGGAAAUAUUGGAACAGGUGUUUGCCGUCAUUGUCAUCGGAAAUAAACGAUUAGCAAUCGGUGCUGUGUACAUCCCACCUGAUCGUAGUCGCGACGUGGAGUUGAUAGAUGAACAUGUGGCCUCUGUUCGUGAUCUUUGUGACAAUGCUAUAUGUGUAGAUCAGGUGCUGCUUUGUGGUGAUUACAACCAACCUCGCUUACAGUGGUUGCAGAGUGCUGGCGGCGAAGUUUUACCAGCAGGAGCUUCGACGGUAUCUGCGUCGAGUGCUGCUCUGAUCGAUGGAAUGGACUUUUUGAAUUUAAGUCAAGUCAAUUGGCACCGCAAUCAACUGGAUCGAACUCUUGAUCUUGUUUUUUGCUCAAAUGGCUGUAAUGUAAUCGUCAAUACAGCUGUGGUUGCACUGUUACCCGUGGAUACGCAUCAUCCACAAUUGGAAAUAUCUCUACCAGUACCUCGUACGUGCCAGUACAGUGACGUGUAUCCUGUUGCCGAUGAAUACACCCCCGAUUUUGGAAAAAUCGACUACGAUGCACUUGGUUAUUACCUCCCCACUCUUGACUGGACAUACCUGAAUGCCUGUCAAAAUGUUAAUGAAAUGGCCUCCGAUUUCUGUUUCACCAUUCAACGUUGGUUGCGGGAGAAUGUACCCCACAGAAGACGUCCAGUUUCGCCUUCUUGGAGUACGGCUUUACUUCGACAGCUGAAACGCGAAAAAAACGCCUGUCAGCGAAAACAUCGUGUUCUACAAUCGUCUGACAGCAAACUCAGGUUUCAACAUGCAACCAGUGAAGCUCAAGUUAAGUUUGCCUUCUUAGGUGUUCCUUCGGACGUCAUAAGUUUGACGACGUUCGUGGUCACUCCUGCCAUGGUGAUCUCCGCUGCAAAAAAAUUGAAAAGUUCGCUUUCGCCGGGUCCUGACGGCAUACCAUCGGUAUUGUUUUGCCGCUGCGCUGCUGAUCUAGCCGAGCCACUUUCUGUCAUCUUUACCCGAUCACUCAAUGAUGGAGUAUUUCCUGAAAUUUGGAAGGAGUCUUUCAUGUUUCCUGUCUUCAAAAACGGUAAUAAACGAAACGUCAGGAACUAUCGUGGAAUAACAAGUUUGUCGGCUGCGUCCAAGCUAUUUGAGAUCAUCGUCAGUGAAGUUAUUCUUACUCAAUCCAAGCGUUACAUCUCUACCGAUCAGCACGGCUUCAUGCCCGGCAGGUCGGUCACCACGAAUCUGCUGAACUUCACCAACACCUGCAUUACUGCUAUGGAGGGCAAGGCUCAAGUCGAUGUCAUCUAUACCGAUCUGAAGGCGGCUUUCGAUAGGAUCGACCACAACAUACUAUUGGCUAAACUAUCACGUCUCGGAUCAUCUGCAAAACUCGUGUCGUGCCCAGAGGCCAUUAGUGCCGUUAAGAAAGCCUUCGCGUCGGACAAUCCGGGUAAUCCGCUGAAACAGUAA